CCCCACCGACUUCACGGGGGCGCAUGCGCAAAACCCCUGUUUGUCGGCCCCUGAAAAGCGAAGGGAGGAGGUGCAGAGGGGAAGCCAAAGCAGAAGACGAACUGGAGCUGACUGGGCUUGACUCGGACCUGGAACAAGGCGCCAGUCCCUUGGUUCCUUUGGUGGUUCGAAGGGCUCUGGCGUGGAUGGAGGAGGCCCAAACCUGAAAUCAACGCUAGUUCAACCAUCCUGGCGCAGGGCCUACGGGGCAAGCCGGAGUCGCCCAGGACCUUAUCUCAAGGGCCAGACGAGGGCCCUAAGCCGCGGCGGGGAAAGCAGGCCCAGCUCUGCCCUUUGGAACCAUACCCCGACCUGCCCGAAAGCCAAACCUCCACCAGGGCCAUAGGCCGGUGAGGAGCCCGCGCCCGGGCCUCCCGUCGGGGCUGGACUGGGACUAGGCCCCGGGGAGGCCCCUGGCCCCUGCUCGUCUUCCCUCAGGCCGCCGCCCGCCGGGAAGAUGCAACGCGCCCUUCCGGGUGCCCGCCAACACUUGGGGGCAGUCUUGGCCAGCGCCAGCGUGGUAGUAAAGGCGCUGUGCGCGGCAGUCCUGUUCCUCUACCUGCUGUCCUUCGCCGUGGACACGGGUUGUCUGGCCGUCACCCCAGGCUACCUCUUUCCGCCCAACUUCUGGAUCUGGACCCUGGCCACCCAUGGACUAAUGGAGCAGCACGUAUGGGACGUGGCCAUCAGCUUGGCCACCGUGGUGGUGGCAGGGCGUUUGCUUGAGCCGCUUUGGGGAGCCUUGGAGCUGCUCAUUUUCUUCGCAGUGGUAAAUGUGGCUGUGGGGCUCCUGGGGGCCUUCGCCUACCUCCUCACGUACAUGGCUUCUUUCAACCUGGUCUACCUGUUCACUGUCCGCAUCCACGGUGCUCUGGGAUUCCUAGCUGGUGUCUUGGUGGCACUCAAGCAAACUAUGGGAGACUGUGUGGUCCUGCGAGUGCCUCAGGUGCGCAUCAGCGUAGUGCCCAUGCUGCUCCUGGCACUGCUGUUACUGCUGAGACUGGCCACGCUGCUCCAGAGCCCGGCACUGGCUUCUUACGGUUUUGGACUGCUCUCCAGUUGGGUUUAUCUUCGCUUCUACCAGCGCCACAGCCGGGGCCGAGGGGACAUGGCUGACCACUUUGCUUUUGCCACUUUCUUCCCCGAGAUCCUGCAGCCAGUGGUGGGGCUGCUGGCAAACUUAGUGCAUAGCCUCCUGGUGAAGGUAAAGAUAUGCCAGAAGACAGUAAAGCGCUAUGAUGUAGGAGCCCCGUCUUCCAUCACCAUCAGCCUCCCAGGCACAGACCCUCAAGAUGCUGAACGGCGAAGGCAACUGGCCCUGAAGGCCCUGAAUGAGCGGCUGAAGAGAGUGGAGGACCAGACUGUCUGGCCCAGCAUGGAUGACGAUGAAGAGGAAGCUGGAGCCAAGGUGGACAGCACCUUGCCCUCAGAACAGGCUCCUACACCUCCGGGAAAGGGGGCUGCCCCAGAAUCCAGUCUCAUCACCUUUGAGGCAGCUCCCCCAAAGCUAUAACUCCAGACCACCUUGAGUGUAACAUCUCUCCCACGCCCCUGUGAUGCCUCUCAGCUACUCCAGGGCAUGACCACUCUGAGGAAAGACAGCAGGGCCUUCUGCUGUUUCGCCAACACUACCAAGGACUCUUGCUACAUAGUUCAACUCCAGACAACCAACAGGUCAGGUCUGGGGCCUCUGAGGCAUUAGCCAAUCCAAGACCCCAUCUGAGGUAAAAUUGUACCUCAGCCAGCAGCCCCAAGCAGGUGGCUGCAGGGACAUUGGUGCCACACCUCCUGGACCAGCCCUCACAUCUGAAACUGGUUGCCAAGAAUCCUGAGCCAAGGCAAGGAUUUGCAUUUGCCAAAAACAUUAUGGGGGCCCAACCAGUGCAGGAGUCAAUGCGAAGCAGCACCUCCCUGCUCGCCCCUGGGAAGACAGAGUUUGUCAGGAUGUCUUGUUUCCCUCGGCUACAGCCGUGACUGCUUCUGGGCCAGAAAAGCCACAGUUCCCAGGUAUUUUCUACAGGACCACUUGAGCGGGCAGCCAAGCCCAGCCUUGGAGUAUCAAUAAAGCAGUUCUUUGAGGUAUGA